UGGGUCGAGAAGGUUCUCUCAGAUUUUUACAGAGUUAGGAGCGACACAUUGACUGCGGCGGGCGGUGCAGUUGUUUACUCGUACCCGGCGAAAGGAGCAGAAGGCGGAAGGAGAGCUGCUGGGCCACGACGAGCUGCAGCGCGGCGCUGCGAGACAGAGCGAGACCCGCGAGAAAGCAACUGACGACGACCGUGCAUGCACAGCUGCUCUGGAAGGAAUUGCAUCAUCCUGCGUGUGCCGCGCCGUCACUGGAGCACCAGCCGCUGCGGUUCUGCAUGUCGCACGCUCGCAUCGUGUCUGCUGCAAUCACGCUCUGAGGUCCUCCGCCUCGCCCGAACCCGCUGAGCUCCCCCUCCACACACCGUCGGUCCGUCCUCUCCAACUACAGCCACUACUACUACCCGAUCAUCCACAGGUGUUUUUUCAUACCUGCUACACUCUCCGUGGACACAGUGUGAGCUCUAUGACACAGCACGUCCACGAGAGACCUCACACCAGUUUUUAGACAGCCCUCCUACCUACCCGUUACUUCUCUCUACCUGUGCCUCUUAGUCAAAAACUAAGUUUCUGUUCACCUCUCUACUAGCUAGUCAACUCAGAAAUUUCAGAAAAUUGUAUACCGUCUGUUGACAAGUCAACCAUGUCGUCAAUGGAAGUAGACGUACCACAAUUGAAUGGCUUUGCUCACAACCCCUCGAAGGUCGCCAAAAAAUCCGUCCAUUUUGGCUCCCCUCCUGCUCCUGCCAACGCAACCACAGCGGCCGAGAUUACCAUCGUGACGAAAAGGAGCGAGAGCAGUGUAAAGCCGAAACACAAGGCUCGACGCCGGGCCAGACACCCGAGCAAGUCGGAGGACCUAGAGAAUGGUGGAGUGCCCAAGCCCAUCUCUCCGUGCAAGGUCCACAAGAUGGCCGAGAGAAACCGUCACUCCAGGAGUGGAAUGAGAGGUCUCCCCAAGAAAGGUGGGGCAGGUGGGAAGGGGACUUGGGGGAAGCUGGGAGAAGUGUACUAUGACGAUGGACACACUCACGACCAAAAAGACCCAAACUAUGACUCGGAGGAAGAAGAGGGGACAUAUACAGUGUCUCCGUCUUCCCCACACCUGAGCAUCGAGGAAUUCAGGAAGCAGGCAGUGGCCAUAUUCAAGGAGUACUUUGAGCAUGGAGACACGACUGAUGUGGCUGCGUCGCUUGCCGAGUGCAACAUCCAGAACAUCAAGGAAGAGGUGGUGCACAUGCUGGUGACGGUGGCUCUGGAGGAGAGCGCCUCUCGUCGCGAGCUCGCCUCAGUCCUCAUCUCUGACCUCUACGGCUACUCCGUCAUCAAUUUGCGCGACGUCACUGAAGGGUUCAACAUGCUCCUGGAGGAGCUGGAUGAGCUGAGUCUCGACACACCAGAUGCUCCAGAGGUUCUGGGGAACUUCAUGGCUCGUGCUGUAGCCGACGACUGCGUUCCUCCUGCCUACAUUGUCAAUGUGACUGACGUACAGGACCCCAAGGCACUCUCUGCUCUGAAACGUGCCCAACUGCUGCUCAACAUCAAGCAUGGGAUGGCUCGUCUGGACAAUGUGUGGGGAGUCGGUGGUGGACAGCGUCCAGUCAUGUUCCUUAUCAGCAAGAUGAACCUCCUGCUGAAAGAAUAUUUGUCCUCUGGUGACUGUCGUGAGGCCGACCGCUGCCUCCAUGAACUGGAAGUACCUCACUUUCAUCACGAGCUUGUCUAUGAGGCUAUCAUCAUGGUUCUGGAGUACGGGAAUGCCGAGAAGAUGUGCAAUCUGCUCAAGUACCUUGCAGAGAGCACUGUUCUAACCCUGGACCAGAUAAACAUGGGUUUCAUGCGAGUUUUCAACGACAUGACUGAGAUUGUCCUGGACGCACCAAACGCCUACCACACUCUGAGCAAGUUCGUGGAGCUUUGCUUCAGUGCUGGGUUCGUCUCCAAAUCCAUGGUUGACGAGCUACCGCAGAGGGGCCGCAAGCGUUUUGUGAGUGAGGGUGACGGAGGAGCCAUCAAGGUUCCCGAGGACUGAGGCAAACCCCUUUAAUCUGGACUACAAAAAAGGAUUGGACACUGUAAUACUGUAGUACAUACCUCAGUUGUGACUGAACCUAUCAACCUGUCGUGUCCCCUCAAGUUGUGUAUUACAGCACUAGCCUGUGUGUGCCCCAUCCCUCUCAUCUUGUCGCAUUCAGGUCACUUGUCUUUUAUAAACCAAGACCUCGGUGUAAUGAUCUGUCAGAUGAUCUUUCCUUUGAAAUUGCAUCGUGGCGCGUGUGUGCGCGCGCGCGCUGGACGCCCUCCGAUAUGCGCAUGCGCACGACGCCGACGUCCAGCUAGCUCAGCUAGCAAUGAUCGUGAUGGAUGCCAGAGUGACCUGAAAUGGGAAAUUCGUGGAGAAAGAAAGCCGUGCCACAGCCAGCAAUGCUGCUCAGUGCUGAUGAGACAGUCUCCAACAAUUCCCCAAGCACCAGUAGUGUUGACUGGUCACUGGAUGCUCAACACGAGACUGUUCUAGACCUGGAGAUAGAGCAGGUGAUGGAAGUGGGAGAGGUUACGGAGAACAAGAAAGCCGCCAUCAUGGCCACCCUCCACCGGCACUCCACACAGCUCUGCAAGGGAGUCAGCAUCACAUGCCUCGUUGCAAUCCUCUACUCCAACAACGUGACCGGCUCGCCAGUGUUUUCUGGUCUCAGUAACGCCGUAGGCAAGUCAGAAUACCUUGUGCAGGAGAUUUUAGCGGCUGUUGAGAGAGAGCCUGCAAAAUUUGAGGACGUGUGUAGCAGCAUUGCAUUGGCUCAUUCACCGGCUUACGGCCGUCUCCUGUGGACUGAGUAUGAAAGAGAGUUAGCAGUUCAUGAGAGGACUAGUGGUACAUUUUGUCGAUCGAGCCAUAUAAACCGCCAGCUGCUAGCUGUAGGCGUGGCCAUCAUGGGCACGGUGCUCUGGAUAGCAGGGACCCUCUGGGCCGCUCUGCUCGUCUACAAUUUCAUCACGGCACUGUUUGGGAUCAACACCUUCCGCGUGAAGUACAUCGAGCUCCUGAGAUGGCUCUACCGGUUGGUAGGUAUGAAGCCGAUGAAGCCGGCCCCUAAGAAUGGGAGCAUGCAGCGGCAAUAUGGGGACGAGUUCGAUGGCUAUGGGAUGGAGGGAAUGAGUCGAGUGAAGUCAUUUGGUUCGUUCAAACGAGGAUUUAAGUUGGAUGACGUGUGCGACUUUGUCAAGACCGGAGUCCAGGUUAUUGUUGAUGAUGAGGUCACCCAUCGUUUCACAACUGAAGAGGUGGAGCAGUGGAAUUUCCUGACGAGGACUCAGAUGCAACUCAACAUGGGAAUUGGAUAUGAGAUUCUCCUGUGGCUCUCCAUACUCUUCCGUUUUGGUGCCUUCUUCAUUGUCAGACUCCCUAUAGGGCUCACCAGUCUGAUAUGGCUGUUCUCAAUCAUGAUCGCCUUCUCCAUUCUCAACCUAUUUGUACCCACCGCUCCGUGGAAGCUGAAUGCCGAACGCUACUGUACAAUGGUCUGCAGUCGACUCAUUGCAGCUACGUUCACAGCUGUCAUCAACAUACACAACCCGCAGAACAGAGCAAAGUGUGGGAGUGUGGUGGUUGCUAAUCACACCACUCCAAUUGACAUUGUGAUGCUGGCAGUCGACAAUUGCUUCACUCUUGUUGGUCAGAGGCAUGGAGGGUUCACUGGGAUCAUCCAGAGUGCCUGCUCCCUUGCCCAGAGACACAUCUGGUUCGAGAGGAAAGUCGCCGCCGACCGUAAGAUGGUGGCCAAGAGGCUAAAGGAGCACAUCUCGGAACCGUCCAAUAGUCCGAUCCUCAUAUUUCCAGAAGGGACAUGCAUCAAUAAUACCGGCGUUUUCAUGUUCAAAAAGGGCUGCUUUGAGCUCGGGGCCACCAUAUAUCCCGUCGUGAUAAAGUACCGCAGAGAGUUUGCCGACCCCUUCUGGAAUUCCCAGGAACAGAACAUGCUGACCUACAUUUUCAUGCUCAUGACCAGCUGGGCCAUCGUGUGCGACGUCUACUACCUAGAACCAACCACAAUCGGAAAGGACGAGGCUGCAAUUGAAUUUGCGGCCAGAGUCAAAGCCGACAUUUGCAAGAAGGGUGGGCUGGUCGACCUGCCUUGGGAUGGCAUGAUCAAAAGACCUGGAAACGAGUGCUACUUGAACAAGCUGAUUGAGGAUGAGAGAAAGUCUUACUCCUCCGGACUCCAAGUAGCAGACUGAUAAGAAAAUUCAAUGGUACACAUGACUCUGUUCAUGCACUAGUGGUUUUUGAAGCUGUUUGGAGCACCGCUCGGAACUCUUUGUUUUCCCUUUCAUUCUCUAUUGCACGACUGCGUUUGUUUAUUGAGAAUCAAAUUUGAUUGUGAAACUGAUUUGGAGGCUGUGAGAAUCAUCAGGUGAUUAUGUAUACUUGUGGUGGUGAACACAGAAAAAGAUUUAAGACCAGAAAAGUGAUAUAGUUUGUGAGGGUGAUAACAUACACAAAUUGCCGGAUUACAAUCAUGAACAAAAUGCAGUGAAUGAUGUGCUAUAAAUUAAAAUUCGGCGGGGACUUUGAGUGUGUGAGGUAACGGAUGGGGGAAUGGUUGGUAGGGCGAGAGUGAGCUGGGGCAGAGGGGAGAGAAUGCAGGGAAACUGGUAGCUGCAGUUGGAGGGCAGUAAAGAGGGCUGGAGAGCGCCGAGAAGUUCGGUUUCAUGAGAGGGUAACGAAGGUAGCCCUCCGGGGUGCAGACGUGCGCGUGUGUGUGCGGAACUGUAGACGGGGUAGUGAAGCUGAGACCGAAGGGAGGGACAGUGGCGACGGGGAAGUUCUGGGGCUUGAAGUCUGGCAGAGGCGAGCCAGACAGAGCCGUACAGUCUUUCAGCUCUUUGCAGCUCUUGGGGGAGAGUCUGGCAUGCUCCAGUUGCUGCCUCUUGUUCUUGUAGCGCCUGUUCUGGAACCAGAUCUUUACCUGCGUCUCGGUGAGGUGCAGCAUAGACGCGAGCUGUUCCCGCUCGUGCGCCGUGAGAUACUUCUGGACGGUGAAGCGUCGCUCCAGCUCGUAGACCUGGGCGUGCGAGAAGAGGGCCCGGGGUCGCCGUUUCUUGUGCUUGCUCGAGUCAAUGGCAGAACCAGGCGAGCCUGCAGUGGACGAUUUCGGAGACGCUCCGCAGCAAUCCUCAUUUCGGGUAUCGUCUCCGUUCUUGCCGGUACUGUCGCGGCCGUCGUCUUCUCGCUCGCCGUCUGCGGCAGACUCGGUGUCCGAAGCCGCGCCGUUCGGUACGGCGGCGUGGUUGCGUUCUUCGUCCACGCUCGUGGCGUCGUCGUCGGGCUCGCUGUUGCAGUCUUCCGCAGAGCGCUGCCUCGGAGAACGUAGGGACGAGUGUAAUAUGUCCGAUAUCAUGAAUGAAGUGCAGCAGGGUCCGUGGGACCGGUCGUCGGCCUUGUAGCCCGGAGAUGUAGAUGCAGUGGUAUCAGAGGUGUCCAUAUCCAGCAUGGCACUACAAGGGGUAGCUUUGGUAGCUUUCGUUUCACUAAGUGCUAUCGCUGCAAAGACGGUGUAAGUGAU